AUGCACACGAUACACGCAGUCGAUAGUGAGAUUGGCAUGUUAUAUAGUAUCUCUUCUGGGGAAAAAGAUCUAUCUAAAAAGUCUAAUGAUCUUUUAGAAAACGUUGGACGGUACACUGAAAACUUAGUCAUAGAUUUGAAUGUACUUCGAGAAAUCCAAGUUAUCAAUGAUACUAUUCUAAAAUCAGAAGCUUUUUUGGAAGCAGUAGUUGUGCAGAACGGUGGUGAAAACCCUGUGUUCCAGUAUUUGCAUGAUAUCGAAACAAAAAGCAAGGGUCCUUUUGACCCAGAAAGCAGAUCAAUUAUGCAAGAGAUAGUUUAUAAAACUGUUUCGAGUAGGUUUGAGUUCAACAAGAUAUGGUUACCAAAAUUUUUCCUGAAAGUACCAAAGUCAUUCAGUGCAGGUGUAAUUUUGCAAGAACAAUUUUUGGUAAGUUUAUGGGAUACAUUAGAUGAUGAUAUGUUUUUGACAUUUGUGAACGUUUGCUGUUCGAUGCUUCGAGAAGUUAGCGAUCAUGAAAUGAUAGCACUAUUGCGAUUAAUUACAGAAUAUAAUACCACCAGAGAUCUCAAAGAGGUAUUCGCUGUGAUAUUUCAAGUUUUUUCAGAUACCACUGAGAUUGUUGGGAAAAUAAUCCAGGAUUUGGAUGGGACAUUAUAUCAUAGAACAUUGACUUUUAUUGGAUACUUAAUAUCAGGUGAUAGCAGAUUUAUAACACUUUUGUUUUUAGAACAAUGCGACGCCAUUGUGCCAAAGAUGGAAAACAUACUUCUUCUUCAGGAGCUAUUAAUUGAUUUGAAUAUUUCCGCAGUUCCUUUGCCUAACCACCUGAGGUCAUUGAAAUUGAGUUCUAUGUGGUAUACUUUUAGUGAAAACUCACUUUUUUGGGCAGUCUUUCAGCGUUUAAAUUCUGACUUUAAUAAAGCGGCAAAAGAAUUGGCUUAUCAAUUAGUAGUGAGGAUUUUUGAAUAUAGCGGUGGAAGAAUUGUAGCUUUGUGGAAUGAUGAUCUUCAAACUGUAAUUCCACGGUCAGUUUCAGCAAAUCUUGCAGAGUCUAUCGAGAUUAAGUACAUAGGGUCCCUAUAUGGUACAUUAAAACUUUUAGCACUCACAAGUGGGAUGCAGUAUAUUGUUUAG